AUGAAAAACGAUAUCAUCAACGACCACGGCGACAUGUACGUCAACUUCAAGAAAUCCGAACACCACGAAGAGAUGUACUCCUUGUGCAAGGGCAGAUGCUCCCUGAAGGCACAUAAAGCGAAAACACGGGGGUGGAGGGGUGGCGGACGAACCGAGAGGCGCCGAAGGAGCCGCGGCCGACGCCAGCAGGAGGGCGGGGGCAAAGAGGGACUCGAAGGAGAGGAAUGCCACCCUUGGCGUGCAAGAGAAGAAGAAAAAGACGAAGGGCAAGGAGAUCGAGGACGCGACGAAGGUCGCCGCCUCAGCAGCAACGGAGGAACUGGGUCUUGGGGCGGGCUUGGCGUCGCUGCUGGGGAUGCCUUCAAGUCCCAGUAUUCCGACGCCCCCACCUCCUUCUACGACACCAUCGAGGGGUGCGAAACUAAGAACAACAAACUCGAAUACUCCGCCCGUCUCCGCCAAUCACUUGCGGACUUCAAGGCUGACAUCAGGAAGGAGAAAGCGCUGGGCGACGCCGCUGACCUGGAGGAUAUCCAGAUCAAGGAAACCGAGCUGAAAAAAGUGAGGGCCGCCCUGAAAAAAGAAUUGGCGGAUGCCCUUUGAACUUGGAGCGGUGUUCGUGGUUGUGGCUGCGACGGAAAAUUGGGCCGGGCGGGCGGGGGAGAGCAGGGGUGGUGGGUGGUAGGUGGUGGGAAGGCGUUGCUGUAGAGACUGUGCACGAUUGUUGUGCAUACCUGCGCCCGUUCCCCUCUGUAUCUCGCUGCUGGGUGAAGGAAUAGACUAUCUUGGAUAAAUUGGCUGAUAUUUUGCCCAUGACGUAAAGAACAUAAUGCAGUACCGGUGGGGCUUCCUUUCUAACGUCGUGGGGGGCAACGUCGCGGUUCUUGGCUGUUGUAACUACUUUUGAUUCCCCACAUGCAUGUAGGGCCGGGCGGGGUAGCCGUGACUCAACCCCGACGUGGCGGCUAACCGUGUGGGCGCCUUAUUUAUUUAUUUUUUGGUUUUGACUAGUUGCUCACAGUUUUCUAUUCUCGAACUGGCAGGAGGACGAUUUCGCUAUUCCGUAUCCCCUUGAUCGAUGUUGCCUUCCCGCGGUAGGAACGCUUUUUUCGAACGCCCACCCAGAGGCUCGUGCUUUUUUCUUGUGAUGUAGCUGUAUUUUACUUGUAACGUCUUGUCUUCAUUAGUUGUUUGGCAGCGCCCUGCCUCCAGGAGCGACAGGGUGAAUUCGUCCAUUUUUUGUCGACCACACACCGGGUGAUGUUGCCGGAGGCAGUAGCUGCCUGCAGCAGCCAGGGUUUCAGAGCAACUGUCAUGAUAGGGGUUGGAGAUGUAUCGUUUUGUCAUUGUGUUGCAUGGUCGGUUAUCUGAGGUCGCUCGGCUUCUGAUUUGUACGCGAUAUGAUACCUAGUUCGGGUUGGGCAUUCAGAAAAUCGUCAUGUACUACUUAUUACUUGAUGUAGAGAUAGUUUCUUUAGCGAUCAUGAUUCCGCUUCAGGAAUGAAUGUUGUGCCAGUGCAUACCGUGGAUUGUGAUUUCUGCAGUUCCCUGCAUACGCAGGGCGCGACGGACAGUUUAACUCUUUCUUGACUGGCUCAACGAUUGAUUUUUAUUUUGCCCUGCCUACCGACCCAAGGCAUGUAGCUACUCGACGCUUGAAUACAGUAUCGAGUGUCUUUUGUUGUCUUUCAACAGCAGUGGCUCCGCAAAAAAAAGAAAAAGUGUACUCCUACAAAAACAAACUGGAAGGGCAUACAUACGACGGUGCCAGAUGGCACGCAUGCUUGACCCUCACAUCGUACCGCGAGCUACCAUAGGAAUGAAUGUGCAUGAGUGCGAAAAACGUUUGCCAGUUCGACGUCGGACGUUAACGGUGGACGACGAUGCGAAGUUGGGGAGGGGCGUUUCCCCCGGGUCCCCUACGCGGGGUUUCGCCGCCCUGCCGCACAAAACAGGUGGCGAAACAGCGUCAACAACGAGAAAAACUCACGACUAACCGGGAGAGGGUGGAAAUAAUCAUUUUUUCGCUUCCUGCGCGACAAAUCUACCGAAUCUCACACGCAAGACAAAAGAAACUCCACCCAACACCAAGUCGAACAAAACACCAAACUACUGGUCCUCCCUGUAUCAAACAUGAACUACCUGCAACCGCAUCCAGACAGAAAAUAAAACACACACACACACACACGCACGCAUGCACGUUUCCGUCCUGCAAGAGGGCAUGCGAGGCGCGCCUACGACUCCCGAAUCCUGAAUGGCUACGCGUCUAUUCCAUGCCCUUGCCCCGCCCCCUCCCCGGCGAUCAGCAAUGCUUUGGACUACUGUCCUCCCACCCCCCUCCAAGCCAGGCCCUCCGCGGUUGCGGCCAGUCCAUGGCCGAUCGAGUCCAGUCCGCACAGCCCCUUUCUCGAUUCCCAGCCCUUCAUCAAGGCUGUCCCUUGUUCCGCACCAGGUUGUAGAGCGGGUGGGUUAUAUCUCUCUUUUAAUCAGGAUAGAUACCUUUCACCUGAGCACAGAUCACAAGCAAUGUCUGUGGAGAUCGAUCAUGUAGGACAAUCAAGCAGGAGUGGUGCGACUUGAAGCGGGUGGUUGGCGACAUCCAACAGCAGUCACAAGGUUCCUCACAAGCUCGAUAAUCAGCGUAUCACGUUCAGCACUCAGAAGGGUUGGCAGUUGGUCAGGCACAAGGGCAAGGAUAUGGCUCAGUUUCUCUCGCGUGAUCGGCGGU